CCAGUUUGAUCUGGUUUAUGUUUAUAUUGUUUGAAAUGGCUCCAUAUUUCUGUACUACAAGAGUGUUGUUGUCCAUGCCACUCCCAAUGGUCCGAAUGCUGUUGGUUCAACCUUUUUGGUGGCUUUGCGGAAUAUGCAAAGGGAUGCUCUAAAGGCCUAUGAAAAACUUGAAAAGGUUUGAAGCGUUAGAUUCUACCUUUGUUUCAGUUCGCCUUCCAGCAUCUUGUUAUUGCUUUGUCUACCUUCUUCUUUUUUUCACCUUUGACUAGGAUCCUCUAUUGUCUUGAUUUCACACAUUUAUGCAGGAGAAAAAACUCUCUGAAGAUAAUGUGAAGGACUUGUCGAGUGAUUUGCAGGUAACAUGACAUUUUUGUUGUUCAUUAUUUUUGGUUGGAAUGGAUGGAGCCUUCUCCAAUUAUUUUUGAUGUAAAGGGAAAGACUAAUUGAAUUUAUAAUUCCAAUAUUGCAGAAAUAGAAUCAAGGAUGUUGUACAUAGUAUUUAAUGGAAGGUGGAAUGCAUACAAUAAAUAUGUUGAUCAUGAAAUCAAACUCUUAAUGGUGCAUAAAGAUAUGAAAUUUUUGGAUUUGGUAGAUAAGAUACACAACUUGCUCAAUUUGAAUUGAAAUUUGGUUUCGAUCAACAUUCUAUUUGAUGUGAAUAUGGGUACAAGCAAAGGAAUGAAGAUAGAAAACGACAUGGAUUUAGAGGCUUACUUGAUCGAGAAUAACACAAAGGAAGAUCUGAGAAAUUGUCCUCUUAUUGUUGAAGUAAUUGAGAAGAACCAAACAAUGGCCUUGUCAAGAACAACUAGCAUUGCUGCAACUACUUCAGCAAGUAACGCAACAAGCAGAAAAAAGACAGCAGCAAGCAGUAGCGCUUACAGCGACACAAACAGCACAUCAUCACGAGCUUCUGGUAUGGCUACUAAAGGAGGACAAGAAGUUCAAUCACCUCUAACUGUCUUGCCAAGUAUGGGCAUUGAAGACCUAAGAGUGAAUCAUAUGUUCAAGAACAAAGAAGAGUUGAAAUCUUCUCUUUCGAGGAUUGCUAUCAAGAAGAACUUCCAAUACAAGGUUAAUAGAUCAUGUUCGCUGACAUUUUGGGCAAAAUGCAUAGAUGAAAAUGAUGAGUGGUACCUCCGCGCUAGAAGCUCUAAAACAUCAAGCUAGUUCAGAGUUAUCAAGUACAAAAAUUUUCACUCAUGCUCCUUAAAUCACAAAAGUACUGAUAAUAGACAGGCUAGUGCAAAAGUAAUCAGUGAUUGCAUCAAAGAAAAGAUUCGUGACCCGAAAACAAACUACAAAACAAGAAAAAUAAUAAAUGACAUGCGAGAUGAGUACGAAGUGCAGGUAAAAUAUAACAAAGCAUGGAGGGCAAAGGAACUAGCAAAGAAUAAUGUCAGAGGAUCAAAUGAAGAGAGUUAUGCUGAGUUACCUGCGUACUUACAUAUGCUGAAAUUGUCCAACCCAGGAACCAUCACAAGAAUUGAGAAAGAUGAUGACAAUAGGUUUAAAUAUAUGUUUCUGGCUUUUGGUUACUCGUUGGAUGGAUGGAAACAUUGCAGACCUGUUGUAGUGGUUGAUGGAACUUUUUUAAAAACAAAAUGUGGGGGAACGUUAUAUGCAGCUUGCGCUAAAGAUGGAAAUAACCAAAUCUUUCCUCUUGCCUUUGGAAUUGGAGACUCUGAGAAUGGCAAAGCGUGGAAAUGGUUUUUCAAAAGGCUUAAAGAAGCAAUAGGUGAACAAGAAGAGAUAUGCAUAAUAUCUGAUAGGCACAUCAGCAUAAAGAACGCGAUUGCAGAAGUCUUUCCAGGAAUAUACCAUGGGAUAUGUGCUUACCAUUUGAAGCAAAACUUAAGGAGUAAGUUUAGGGGUGUGCACGUGCAAGCGACAUUUGAAAUUGCUGUGAGAAGUUAUUCAGUUCCAGAGUAUGAUUCUGCUAUGGCUGAGUUGCACAACAUCAAUCCUGAAAUUACCACAUACUUAUUGGAAGCAGAUCCAAAAAGGUGGGCUAGAUCAUUCUUUCCGAAAAGAAGAUAUAAUAUUAUCACCAUCAAUAUUUUUGAGUCGAUAAAUUCUACCAUUGAACAUGCAAGAGACCUACCUAUAACUCUAUUAGUAGAAGCUCUUAGAGAAAUGGUACAAGAUUGGUUUUCAAGACGAAAAGAGGUAGCUACAAGCCAAUUUUUUGACGUGACAAAAUGGGCAAAUGACGUAAUGGAGAGCAAACUUAAUCAAGAGCAAACUUAAUCAAGCAUUUCGAAUGAAAGUUGAUAAAAUAGAUAUGUUCAAAUAUCAAGUCACCUAUGGUGACACAACCUUCAUUGUUGACCUGACUGAAAACUCAUGCUCUUGCAAGGAAUUCCAACUAGAGGGAAUUCCAUGUGCUCACGCCAUUGCAGCAAUCGAUGCGAAUCAUUUUGAUAAAUACAAGUUUUGCUCUGAGUGGUAUAGCAAAUCUGUUUUGUUGGAAACAGAUGUAGGUUCAGUUAACCCUCUUCCAAAUAAAGAGGUUUGGAACACCCUAGAUGAAAUUAAAGAAGACCGCAUCAAGCCUCCUGAAUUCAAAGUUAAAUCAGGACGUCCUAAGAAAAGAAGAGGAGAAGGAAUUAGAGAUUAUGCCAAGCGUGGUCGACGUCGAACGAUGACAAGUGGAAAUAGUGGAAUAUUGGACCACAAUAAAAAGAGUUGCAACCACACAACCAACCAAUUCUAAAUUAAGGCUAAAGAUA